AUGAUAGGCAUUAGAGCUGGUAGAUAUAGACACUUAUGUGUUCGGUUUACUCACACAUCCACCGUUCCAAAAUUAUAUUUAAAUAAUGUUGAAUUAUCAGGGAAUGAUCUAACAGGUAUACCUACGCAUGAAUUAUUCACCAAAUUUGGAUUUAUAAAUCAUCCGAAACCCGGGCUUGUUCACUGGUUGCCCGUAGGUCUAGCAAUAUCACAGAAUGUUUCACGAGUGAUACAUCGUCGUAUGCGAGAAUGUAAUGCUGAGGAAAUAAAUUUAUCUUUAUUGUCUAGUUCACAAUUAUGGCAGGAAACAGGUAGAUGGGAUAAUAGUGAACUUUUUAAGCUAAAGGACUCUUCGAAAAAUGACUUUUGUCUUGUGGCCACAUGUGAAGAAGAAAUAACCAAGUUAAUUGGUGCUAAUUUAAACUCGUACAAGAACUUGCCAUUAUUGUAUUAUCAGAUCAAUGAGAAAUUUAGAGAUGAGAAAAGACCAAGGAGUGGUUUAUUAAGAGGGAGAGAGUUCUUAAUGAAAGAUGCAUAUUCAUUUGAUUUAAACGAAGAAGCGGCUAUGAAAACUUAUAAUAAAGUUGUUGAUGCUUACUAUAAAAUAUUUCAAGAUUUAAGAAUUCCAUUUGUCAAGGCAGAUGCAGACACAGGGGAAAUUGGAGGCACAUUAUCCCAUGAAUGGCACUAUUUACACAAGGUUGGAGAGGAUACUCUAUUCACAUGCGACGAGUGUGGUAAUAGUUCGAAUAUUGAGAAGGCGUUGUCGUAUCCUGAAGAUGUUGAUGAUUCUGUUGAUGCUUCGGUACAGUAUUUCAUGACUAAAGACAAAAGUACCUUAGUAUGUGCAUACUAUCCCACUGAUAGAACUAUAGAAGCAAGCUUUGUUAAGGAAGAAGUUCCGGAUUUGGAUUUAAAUGAGACAAAUCAAGAUUCAAUUUUGAAAGAGUUUUCCGACGAGGACACAUUAAUAUCUAAGAAGAUCAUUCGGAUGAUGGACUCUAGGCUAAAUCUGAGAUCCAACUUCCCAGACUUUCCAAUCAAAUUCAUAAAUAGGUCGUUGAUCACCACUUUAACAGACAUUCCUAUUGUCACUGCUGUCGAAGACGAAAUAUGCGCCAAAUGUGAAGAGGGGCAUUUGAAAUUACACAGAGCAAUUGAGGUAGGGCAUACCUUUUACUUGGGGGAUAAAUAUUCGAAGCCAUUGAAGUGUGAAGUUGAAGUUCCAAAUCAAGAUGGUAGUCAGCAAUUAACCAACGUACUUAUGGGAUGCUACGGUAUCGGAAUCAGUAGGAUAAUUGCGGCUAUAGGUGAGAUCAACAAAGAUUCAACUGGGUUCAGAUGGCCAUCAGUUAUUGCACCGUGGAAUGUGACUGUCGUACAGAGUCCUAAAUUUGAUGAUUCCAAAGGCAUUAAGGUGUAUAAUUUAUUAAACGCCGCCUCUAUUUCCUAUAGACUUGACGAUAGGUCCAAGAUAGGCUUAGGAAAGAAAAUAAAACAAUCACACAUGGUUGGGAUUCCAUUGACGGUCAUACUUGGGAACCAAUUCCCUCUCGUCGAAGUCGAAAUCAGAGGUCGCAGAUAUACCGACGACUUACUGUGGAAACGUCUCUACGAAUCCAGGGACUUCGAAUGGGAAGUAGUGACCGAUGCAGACGGAAAUGAUAUCAAGCACUUGGUGCACAUCGACGGCGUGGCUAGAGCUAUCAACUCGUUAUUAAUAGAUAUGUAG